GCCGUAUUUUCCAGACACUCCAACUAUUUGUUGAGAUCCUUGACCAUCAGCGGGCGGGCAACAAUCUUAAAACUCUACGAAAAUAAAGCAUAUCUCAGCCAAAUACUGCUGCCGAUUAAUGACUUGCAAGUAAAGCAGCUGAUGACUGCGACUCGACGCUAACUUUUCUUUUUGGGUCGCUCAUGAAAAUCCUUCCUCAUAAAGCUAACCAAAGGGCAUGUGCUUGCGGCGGUUGAGACAGGUAUCCGGCGCCUGCGCACCAAUCCCAGCAGCGAGCUUUCGCUCGGUGGCCUCUGUCUUGGAUUUAUGCACUUCCAUCCACGAUCUUCAUCAAAUUCAUGCCAGAUUCGUUGUAUAUGGCCUUCAACAGAACACCUUUGUAGCUUCCAAGUUAGUGGCUAAGUAUGCCGAGCUGGGGGACCAUGGACGUUCGGAAAGAAUUUUUGAGCUUGUGGAAAAUCCAAAUCUUAUAUUAUGGAACGCUGUCAUUAAAGCAUGUUCAACUUUUCAGUUAUUCGAUGGAGCUUUUUUGCACUACAGGAACAUGGUGCUUAACUCUGUAAACCCAGAUGAAUUCACUUUUCAUUGUGUGUUUAAAGCAUGUUCGCAUCUAUCUGCUUUGACGUUUGGUCGCCAGUGCCAUUCACAUGCUUUUAGGCUUGGUCUUCAUUCUGAUGCUUUUGUGGGCACUUCCCUCAUUGGCAUGUACUGUAAGUGUGGGGAAAUUGGGGAUGCACGCCGAGUGUUCGAUGAGAUACCUGUGAGGAAUUUGUUUCUGUGGAACGCAUUGAUCAAUGGUGUCAGUCAUAACGACGAUGCUGUGGCCACUUUUGAGCUUCUCAAGCGGAUGCAGCGUGAAGGAAUUCGUCCAGAUUCAGCUAGUAUGGUGAGUAUUUUGCUAUCUUGCAGUAAGCUUGGUUGCUUAAGGGCAGGCAAGAUGGUUCAUCUUUUGGCAGUUUUGGACGGCCUGGAAAAGGAUCUGUCUGUGGGUACUUCUCUUGUGACAAUGUAUGCCAAGAUGAAUGAUUUGCAAAUGGCUACCAAAGUAUUUGACAGAAUUCCCCAAAAGGAUGUGGUUCUGUGGAAUGCCAUGCUUUCCGGAUAUAACCAGAAUGGGGAACCCGAAAAGGCGCUAAUGUUAUUGGUCCAAAUGCAAACUGACGGCGUAAGAGACGACUAUGUCACAAUUACUGGCGUAAUUUCAGCAGCAGCAAAGUUGAAAUCUCUAGAAGCAGGCAAGCAAAUUCAUGCACAUGCAAUUCGUAGUAGCGCAAGUUCUGAAGUUCUGGUUCACAAUUCACUUAUUGAAAUGUAUUUUAAAUGUGGUAAACUAAACAGUGCUUGUAAUAUAUUUUAUAGGAUAACAAACAGAACAGUUAUUUCAUGGAGUUCAAUGAUAGCUGCGUAUGUUUUCCACGGUCAGUUCGUUCAAGCUUUGUCACUCUUUAAAGAAAUGAAGCAGGACGGAGUGGGAAUUGAUUCUAUCAGCAUAAUCAAUGUCUUGCCUGCAUGCAUUCAUAUAUCAGCUUUGCCACUUAUCGAAGGCUUGCAUGGAUAUGCAAUAAAACAUGGCUUCGGUUAUGUUAUCCCUUUAGUUACAGCGCUUCUUGUGGCCUAUGGAAAAUGUGGAAGUAUAGAAGCCGCCCAGCAACUUUUCGACGAGUCAGCAUACUUAGAGGAUGACUUAAUCUUGUGGAACUCCAUGAUCAAUUUAUAUGCCUUGUAUGGCAAUUGGGAUAGUUGCUUUUCCUUGCUAAAGAAAAUGAAUGCCAUGGGACUAAAACCAGAUCAUUACACAUUUCUGGGAUUGCUAAUGUCUUGUAACCAUGCUGGACUCGUUGAAGAAGGAUGGGGAUGUUUUGAAAGCAUGAUGAAUGUGCACAACUGUCAGCCUUCACAAGAACAUUAUGCUUGUAUGGUCGAUCUUUUGGGACGGUCAGGGCACAUUGGGGCAGCCAAGAAAAUUAUUCAGAUGAUGCCAUUUCAGCCUGAUUCACGUGUCUGGGGUGCUUUGCUUUCAGCAUGUAAAACAAUCUUGGAGCCCUCGAUUGCAGAAUUUGCAGCUGCACAGCUUUUGAGCAGGGAACCUUUCAAUGCUGGAAACUAUAUUUUACUUUCGAACGUGUACGCUGCAGCUGAGAUGUGGGAUGGUGUUCAGAGACUCCGUGGUAUGAUUAAGGAUAAAGGUCUGAAGAAAAGAGCAGGUUAUAGUUGGAUUGGGAUGCAUGGACAGGUGUAUGCAUUUCAUGCUGGAGAUACAUCUCACCCACGGUCAGAAGAUAUCUACUACAUGUUACGGAAACUAGAUUUUCAUAUUAAAGAUAGAAGCAUAUGUUUGAUCAACUGAGAGAGGUGGUGUCAUUGAAGAAAGCUCCUUUGACGUCAUAAAAAAAUUAUCAUACUUUUUGUGGCCAUCGAAAAGGGUGAAGGCUCGGUUGUGCAGUAUCACGGUUAUUUGCCAUAGCUAUGAAAGAGUGCCUGCAGAACAUGUAGCACUGCGUGCAUUGGGCAUGUACAGAUCCCAGAUUCAGCGGACUUUGUAAGUUGCACUGUUUUCAAAUUAGUUGGUAUCUGCUUCUUCUGGCAUGGUAAAGAAUGUGUUGCUUGCGCUUUUCCAGGGAAUAGGAUUAUGAGUACUUCAGAACUUGGCUUUUCCAAUGACUGCUAGGUUUUUUGGAUGCAUUGGAUUUGCUUAUUGCUGCUUAUACUGCUAGAGAAGAAACCUUGCUAGUUCUUUUCCAAAAGAAGGCUAUGAAUUCUCUGAAACUCUCUUCUGUAGUGAGGAAAGCCUGGUGCUUGCUGGAAAUCCAACAUAACAUGGUAUACAGAUAUCUUGGCCUUGUGAGAACUUUUGGAGCAUUACAACGAUGUACACAAUCAAGAGUGUUCAACACGGUUCUAUGGGCAGUUAAUCGGCACAAUUUACAGUGUCACUGCUACGAUGUGCUUGUGUGAUGAGAAACAGGCAAAGGAUUUGGACGAAUGCUUUCAAGGAUACUUCCAACAUUGGGUCUCUCUGUGAUCGUCCAACAACGUGGAAUUGUGUUGCCUUCAUGCGCCAGAUGAUAUAUGCAGUUUAAGACCGAAAUUAACAUUAGAAAGUAUUAGACCUAAUGGUUUUACUUUAUGGUUGAUGCUGCCCUAUCAUUGGUGGGUACCUGGUUCAAGGAAAUUUACAAAAUUUGGGCCUGUCAAAGUAUCGCUGGUGACAUGAGGUGUUCUAGGCUGGAGCAGGUUACAUGUUUGAUCCCUAACAUCCCUAAAGCGCCUCUGCAUAGUAUCAUCAUCUCUCCACUUGAAUCAGUUUUUAUUUUUGCUGACUCGGUACUUCAGUUCAAAGAUGUAAAUUUCCAUCAUUAAUAAUCACUAAGAAGACACUAAUGUCCACUCUCUCUAUAGAAGCAGGUCAUACUUUCGGGCCUCAAAUGCUGGCAGUGAAGAAGGUAAAACCUCUGUUUGGGUGAGUGGAAGUUCCUCAAAGAAGGGCUGAAGCUUUCCCUUCUGCCCUACCCUUGGGGCCCAGUUAUCCUUCGGGAUUUGGGUGGAAUUUGGUACACCUGUCAACUUGAGUGUCGCAUACCUUAUAUUGACUCUCUAAGAAAGUAGAAGCCAUGAGAAUCGAACUGUUAUGCUAUUCGUACGUGCUGCCAGCCUGCCUGAUGAUAGUUUAUGAUGUGUAUGUUGUUCUAGAGUCGAAAAUGAUAAAAAAAAGAAUGUCAAGGGAGAGUGUUCUUCAUGAUGAUGUAAAAUUGCUGUACAUUUAGUAUACAAAGGCAAUUUCCAUGCAAAUUAAACAUCAAUUUAAUUUUGAGUCAUAGCUUAAGGUAGA